AUGGCGGAACUUGAUGAGAAGCUUAUCAGCAGUGUUGAGCAGUAUCCUUGUCUCUACAAUACGAAGUGUAUGGAUUUUAGAAUAAGGACAAAGAAGGAAAAUGCCUGGAAGGCCAUAGCCGAUCACUUACCUCUUCUGAGACGGUGGAAGACCUUGCGAGAGAGGUACACUAAGGAGCUUAAGAAGAGAAAGAUUCUCACUGGCACGGGGGCUGAUGAGGUUAUCAAAGAAUGGGAUACUGUUGGGAAUAUGGUUGAUAUGUCUGAUUUGUCAACAGUGGAAGAAUCCUCCACGUUAUCUAGUCCACCACAAGUAGGCAGUAUUGGCUCUCUUAAAGCUGAUGAUGAUAUGGAUACUGAUGAAAAUUGUUUGAGGUCUACACUAUGA